UCGGUCCUAAAUGGUACUCUAGUGCAUCACGCAGUAUUAUUUGGUAGAAACCUUAUCUAUCGUAUUCUUCGAUUUUCCGCGCGUGCUUCUUACACUUGCGGAAAUGAGAAAAAGACACAGCAGAUUGCGAAAACUCGUUCGCCAGAGAAAAAACGAUGAAUUAUAUCUGCUCACGGUGACACUCAACGCCAAAACUACCGACAAUAACUGCCUAUUAGUUGACAGUUGUGGAAACACGAUUGUCCACUUAGCAGCCAAGUAUGGUAACAUAGAAUUAUUGAAAUGUUUGUUUCGCUAUCGUCAUUUUCUCAACGUCUUGGAUCCAUCCGGAAUGACACCAUUGAUGAUAGCCAUAAAUAACAAGCAGUUCGAAGUCGCGAAUCUAAUCUUGGAUGAAGGAGCCGACAUCUUCAUCAAAAACUUAUUUGGAGUUGCAGUACUAGAAAUGGCAGUUAGACAGCAAGUACCAGGAUCCAUCAUCAAAAAACUCAUCGAUAUUUUCAUAAAAUUUAAUUUCUGUCCGGAUAUGAUAGCCAUAAUGCUCGAACGUGCUGGUUGUUCGUUGAAAUACGCUUUAUCCUUCAAUGAUACUAUGAUUUUAAAAACAUUACUCGAACGUAAGUUAACUAUCAGUUCAGAAGAAUCGACGAAACUUAUACGUUGUACUUUGAAUAAUCCAACCGAGGACAGUGUUGCGAACUUGAUGAUACUAAUCAAUUAUGGAUUUGGGCAUGAUGUGAGAAAGGACAUGUUCUUACAGGAAAUUAUAAUCGAAGUUGAAUGUCUUUUUCCAUCUUUGAAUACUGGAUAUUUAAAGAAAUUAAUGAGGUACUUGAUGGACGCUGACGCGCUUGAUCACGAUUUCGCCAUUUAUUUUAUCAAGAUCUUUUGUCAUGGGAAAAAGUCAGCAGUGAAGUUAUUGUUGGACUGUGAAGUUCACACACAUUUUAAGCAACGUUUUAGGCGAAAUAUACUUCCACAUUUAUUUGGCAAUCGUAAGGUGAAUGCAAUCAAAUUAACGCGAGAUAGAGACUUUGAAGUUAAUUCUAUAGGAUGUGGAGAUUACACUGCAUUACAUUGUGCUGUAAGAGCCAAUUUAAUUAACAAUGUCAAGUUUUUGCUGGAAAAUGGUUCUAAUCCGAAUCUCGCGGAUGACGCGGGAAUGACACCGAUUUUUGCAUGUGAUAGUAGCAAAUGCAUUAUGAUGUUGUUGGAAUAUGGUGCUGAUAUCCAAAUUCAAGAUAGUGACGGAUUAAAUUUAUUAGAUAUAGCAGGUACAUCGGUGAUAAAUUACGUUCUGGCUCACCUUGCUCUUCUCGAAGCUGCAGAUAUAACAAUAAAGCCGUAUAUGCACAACCGUCUCGAAACAAAUCGGAAAUUCAACUAUUUAUAUACAAAGUGCCAGGCACAGUUGACAUGGAUGAAGCAACGAAAGAUUUUUCAACGUAUUACUUUAUUUCAUGCUCUAGUUGACAAACCGGAGAAUAUCGUUCGUUACGUAGCAAAGUUACAGAACAAAGCUGAACUUCGAGAAUGGUACGAGGAGUAUCCUUUAGAGAAAUAUUAUUUUUCAAAGCUAAAGAACAAUUUGAAGAAAGUAGUGAAGAUGUACCAAUUAAGACGUCAGGCUGCCUGGUUUAUUUGUCAAAUAAUGAGGUUAUGUGAUCCCGAACAUUUGGUUGUGCAAGAGAUUGUCGGUUAUUUGACUUUCGAAGACUUACUUUUCUUUGCUUAGUCUUAUUAAAUGUUUGUCUGUGGGUUUACGUACGUACGUAUUUCGUAUGUAAUUAACGAAGAUAUAUUCAUUGUACAACUUUUGUGGGUGAUUAUUUCGAUUGUGUGAUUUUUUUAGUUUGAAUUUCGAUGUUUAACAUAUAUUGUAAUUUUUUUUAUCUCAUUUUCCAUUGAAUUCUACAAUAUAUUUUCGAAAACUAUUUGUUAGAUAUUAUGAUUAUAUCUAGUUAUGAGUUUUCAUUUCAGAGCGACUUAUCAAGAAGUGUACCAUAAGUUAAUAACAAGUUAAUUGUUUAAAUGAGAAUUAAAAAAAUUUUAAUGGUAUCAGCAAUAUUUUAAAAUGUGUACAUCAAGUGUAUGUUAAUGAAUAUAUCACGUAUGCUGCAAUAUUUGUCUUUAUUAAAAUCAUAUA